UUGAAUGAUGAGGAUGAUGAGGCAGCUGACGGCGCGCGCGGACUCAUUUUAAGUGGGCGCGCGCUCCGGCAGACGGGCGCGCGCGAAGCGGUGUGCAGAUGUGUCGCAGAUUUUGUAAAGUCACUGGGCACUCGGAAAGAUCCAGUAGGAGGAAGUCUCCCCCGGUUAGUGGGGACCCCCUUAACAUGUCAGGGAAACAAGGCGGCUGAGGGAGAAGCGGGAGAGGAGCCGAGAGCAGCACGCUGACACCAGCAGUCCACGUUAGCUCAGUUUGGAACGAAAGACGUUACUUUGACAGUUAAAGAGCCGAGCGGCGGCCGCGUGCACAGGGAUGGAGCUGUCAGCGAUCGGGGAGCAAGUGUUCGCUGUUGAAUCAAUCGUCAAGAAAAGAGUUAGAAAGGGUAAUGUGGAGUAUCUGUUGAAGUGGAAAGGUUGGCCUCCAAAGUACAGCACAUGGGAACCCGAGGAACACAUUCUGGACCAACGCUUGGUGCAGGCCUAUGAAGAGAAAGAGCAGAGAGACAGAGCUCUGGGUCACAGGAGAAAAGGAUCCAAAUCCAAAAGACUUCUUCUGCAGAAUACUGUCUACACCAUGGACCUCCGCAGCGCUCACAAAGCUCCUGAGAAGCCUCCGCCUCGCCUGCGACUCUCCUUGACACGCUCUCUGGUCUCUGAGGACGAGGAUCAGCCGUACAGUGCCUGCAGGCAGGACCCACAACCGCAACUGGCACAUCAAAAAAGCAAACCCAGGAGGUCACAGUUCAAGUGCCUAGACUCAAACCCUCCAAGUCCCACACAAGAGGACUGGGAGGUUGGGGGAGAGGAGGACGAGGAGGAGCAGGAGGAGGACAAUGUUGAAUAUGAGGAGGACAGGGAGGAGGAGGAGAAAGAGGAGUCCGUAAAGGACACAACAGAGAAGAGCGGAUGCAUUUUAAAUCGACAGAGAACAGAGGAGUGGAGCUCCGCUAUCAGACCAGACGAGGUCACUGGAGAAGAGAAGCCGGACGAUGAUGCCUGGAGACCCGUCAUCGGUCCAGGGGAGGUGACCAUCACAGAUGUCACCCUCAACUCCCUCACGGUGACUUUCCGAGAGUCGAGAGUGCCCAGAGGCUUCUUCAGAGAAUGGGGCCGGGGGGUCUAAAAUAAAUAAGUCUGAGUAGGUUGGUGGGGAGGGUGCUGCGAGAGGGAGUUUAAAGGUAAUGGUGUCAUUGCUGUGUGUGAAUGGUCCCUCUCUGUUACCUCUCGCUCUGCUCUUCCUCUCAUCAGCUACUUCCGGCCUAGUCAGCAGGUCGUUUACAUGCACAGAGUCAUGUGGAGAAUAGCUGAACUCCAGUCAGUGUUAUAUUUAGGUUGAGCUGUUCACAUUCGGUACAGGUGACCUUGAGUUGCCUUGAGUCAAAGGGUUAUUAAAUAGUUAUAACUGGUUGCGACUCAAGUCGGUGAAAUAGGUUGAAACCAGCAGCAGUGAAAAGCUCCGCAGGCGACCUUUAAAGCAGUAACAGAAUGGGCCUCAAACAUGAUAAUUAUUCACUCUUUAAUCUAACAUAAUGAGUUUGCGUUAGGGCUGCAACUAUUUUCAUUAUUGCUACGUCUGCCAGUUAUUUUCACAAUUAACGGAUUAAUCGUUCAGUGUGUAAAACGUCAAAUAUUUUCAGCGAGACCUAAAUUGGGUCUUAAAAUUGCUUCUUUUGUCCGACCACAAACAGUUCAAAACCCAAAGACCCUUCAUUUAACCAGCAGCAUAGACAGAGAGGGAUUACAGUAACCCUCUCUCUACAUGGCUCUGGGUAUAACUUAGUCGAGAGUUGCACCAAACAUUUUUUUCAAACGUGUCUGCACUCCCAUCUAGUGAGUUUCACUGCCUCUGCCAUUGCUGCCGCACUGCAAGCUGAUUAGCUCGCUUGUUUAUUCAAAGUUUGUCAAACGUGUCGUGAUUCUUAACAACAUCGCUCUUGACGCUGCACUUCGUUCUUUAGCAAUACACCCACCGAGUGUGAUGUUUGGUCGGAAGAGCGGUUAGCGAGGGAAAAUGUUCAGAACAAUUUCAACAAUUAAAGAAUUCUGAAAGUAGUUGGAAGUUGGGUUGCAGUGGUACAGCAUGGGAUUCUUAUGGUCUCAGAACAUUUACAGUUGCAGUGAUCCUUAAAGGUUCAGCAUGUACGAAUCAGCCACCUGUCGGAUUCAGCUGCUAGUUAGCUCAGUCAGCGGUGCAACUAGUGAUCUUGACUUGGAGCUCAAAGUGGUGUAAUGAGAAUGGGCAGGGCGGGGAGAACUGGCUAGCACGCUAAAUUCAUAGAUAUCUCUGCAAAACAGUAUAUUUUUGUAGCAUACUGUCAAAACUCUUGUUUCUUUACAUUUUGUUUAAAAUUUUAGUUGAUUUUUUAAACCUAAAUUCAUACAUAUUUCAACUUUAACAGAAUUAAAAUUUUAGAAUUAGAAUUUUUUCAGUUGACGAAAAUGUAUUAUUAUAGGAUUCUUAUUCCUAAACACAAUUUAUCAUGACAGACACUAAACUUGAUAUAAACUUGAAUUUUAUUUAUUUAUUUAUUUUUGGUAACAUUAAUACAGUAUAAUUCAAUACUUUAGGAAAGCAAAUAAACACGGUAGGAUAAUCACUAACUUCGUUUCCCCAGUUUACCUUGAAAACAGUAUAUUGCUAAAACCCAUGUUGGCAACCAGUGUUAGAUUGAUUUAUUGACUGCUCGUUCAGCUUUAGGUUGCAUUUGCAAAGUAAAUACUUUGGACAGUCCUCUUGAACAUAGUGGUACAGCAGUAUAAAGUAGCACAGUAGCAGAUUUAUGACAUUUACAUUUGGUGACCUCAUAUCAUGUAAUGUAAAUCAGAGGUAGACGAUGAGUUCUCUGUGCAUGUAAACAUGGCCGCUGUUUCCAUCUCUUCCACACUAAAUUAACCAUCAGUACUGGACUCAUACCUAUUGUACAUACUCCUUACUACAGUGAGGUGGGUUUUUGCUGUCAGUCCCAUACUAACAUGCGGUGAUGUACCUGUAUCCUGUGAACACAUAGACUGUUACUUCUGUACAACACGUGGCUUAGUCUUGUAUGCGUUUCAAACUCCUCCGAGAGCUGAUUUGAUCCGCCUGCAUGCCUUUCUCCUCCAGUACAGUUAUAGCGAUGCAAACACGCACAGUGUAGUUUCCUCCAUCCGCCCUGCUCUUUAUCCCAAAUCAUACCAACACACCAUACUAGUGGUGACCGAGUAUUGUACCAAAAUAACGUGAAAAACUAGAUGAGACUUGGUGACAGAAUGUAUCAUGGAAUUGCACUGUAUUCACUGAACGUCACGAGGGUUUGUGUGUCCAUCAGGAGCCUCUUUGUAGAGUUUGACCAACAGGGUAAAUCAAAUAGUUUACGUCUAUUUUAUAAAAAAAAAACUCCAAAACGGUUUAAUUGAUUUCCUACCUUCCAGCUACCUUUCACAAAUCAGGAAAAUCAGCGUUCCUUCUUGUAAUCUAUAAAUGGAAGCCCCUUUUAAAAAAAAAACAUUUUCUCGUCUAUAAAAACAGGUGAAGGAAAAGUCUUUGGGAUCCUUUUUCCACAGUGAGUUUGAAUUCCUCCAUGCAUUCUGAACACAAGACAGGAAUGUUACACUGCUUGGUAACACACAGCUCAUGUUUAGGGUGCAUGAAGAAAUUAAAACUCACCUAGAAGAAAAAAAAAUGAUUUUAGUCCUAUUUACAACAGGGGUCAGUGGUGCCCUGCUGCCUCUUGUGGCCAAAAUGAAAAUGACAAAAACAAGCAGACAGAAAAAUGAUCCUUCAUCAUCAGAAUAUUUUUCCUACUUUUCUCUCAGGGCUUCCUUAUUUAUUCAAGUUAACAAUGUGUGUCUCCUUUAUUUAUUUGUUAGGCUGUGUAAUAGUGACAUGAUAAUGUGAAAAACUGAACCAAAACUAAAACCAAAAGGAGGAUCAUGUGAAUUUAGAAGUUUUGUCUCAGGACGGUCAGCAUCUCUAUAUGGGAUGAAUGUAGUAGGUUCUGUACAUAACGACCCUGAAGACUUCCCUUCCUGAGGCAAUUUUAGCGCUGGUCGGACAAAAUCGCCCAAAAAUACAUUUCAAAGUUUAUCUGAAGUGUUAGCAGUCUGUGCCCUCUUUGUGUCUCCACAAAAUGAUACAGACAAGAAGACUUCAAGACUUCAAAGACUAGCUUCAGAUGAAAUCUUGAAUGCAUUCUUGCGUUCAAGAAAGGCGACUAUGGUUGGAUCUGAUUAUUAAUGACUGGCACGAACUGAUGGAAUGACGACAGGAAGCUAAACUCUGAGUGUUCGCAGGGGCGCCUGACUGCUGUUAUGAGACAGUUCAGAAGAAAUGUGAGCCUGUCCACUAAGGGGUGGGUAGCAGUCAGAAACAGCCAGGAACCACUGCUCUGUGUCUUGGAUGUGGACUUACUAAAAACACUUGAAUACACCAACAAGAAGAGAAUAUGUCUGCCAGCUAUGUCAUUAUGGCAUAAAGAUGAACUGCAUGGCUGUAAUGCUGUAUAAAAUUAAAUUAAAACAGAAUUCAGUCAUUUUGCAAACAAAAAUCAAUGUGGAUAAAGAUAUUAAAAUAAGUAUCUGAGUCCGAAAGCAUAGGAAUUUCUAAAACUGCAACUUCGUGACAACAGUGCGAGCUACAUGAGAGAUAAACUGCUGUUGCCUGGAAGGUAGGAAGUCGAUCGGAAAAACUGUCAUUAUGGUUUAAAAAAGUGGUCAGCAGUGGUUUAUACAGUAUAUGCAAUCUGUAGUUAAUGGGCUAAAAACUAACCAACAUGACCGCCAUCAAUCAGACAAUUAGAAACAAAUGAUAAUAAUAAAUUAUUCUAAAUAAUUAUAUUAAAGCCAUUUUACUCAUAAUGGCGCAUUUUGAGAUCACAUAAACUUAAAGUAAAAUAUUUCCCAUCGGUUUUACAGACUUGUUUCAUGCAACUGUGUUCAGGGAUAAAACUGCAAAGUCACCAAUCUAAAGCAUAAAAAGCUCAGCCCUGAACCCAGCGUGUCCAGUAUAUCUGUCUAACCCUGCUGGCUUCCUGCCCAGUGGACACAGAAGCUGAGCGUGAUGUGUCACGUCGGUGGAAUCUCCCACGGUGGCGUCCCGUCGGUCCUCAAGUUGUUUGUCCCACACUGAGGGCGAUGGGUAAGCGUCUCGUGAUUCCGAAAACAGUCUCUGUGUGACGUGAAGCCGCAGGGAAUGGAAGUGCCUGAUGUCGCAUCAUUUUCAUCCGUACGGCUAAUGCCUCUCUUUAUCCUUUACACACACACACACACACACACACACACACACACACACACACACACACACACACACACACAGAGUAAACAUGAAUACCGUCUCAGCUUAUUUGGCUUCUGUAUGUCUGACUGCACUGUUCCUCCACUGAUGUUAUGAAGACUUGAAAUGUGAGCAGACCUUAAAGGGGAGGAAGAUGGAGGGAGAAACAUGUAUUUUUUAAGUCGUUAUUUUUCUACAUUUACCUGAAUGUAUAUUUAUUGUUUCAAGACACCUGUGUUUUUUGUCGCGCAGAUGACUGAACAGAAUAGUUUUUAUACAGUUUGUGAUAACCUCUGAGCUGAUGCCAUAUUUAAAUGUACUGACAUGACAAAACAAGCACCUGGAUUUGACGUCGCCUAAUGUGGUUGCUUGUGCUGCUUUUCGUCCACCACUGAGCGAAGAACCUUGCACUUUAUUGUGAUGUAAACCUGCACAUUACCUGCUCCGCUCCAUUAAGUGUCAUUGUGUAUAGAAUAUUUCUAUGGUAACAUUAAAAUAAAUGUUGCUCAUGUUUAAUAUCA